CUGUACCACAAAUUGGAGAGGGGUUACAUCGUAUCAGCACGGGCCCAAUCACAGCUUUGAGAGAAGACGGAGAAUCUUCAGAAGAGGGGCCUCCAGUGCACGUGUGUUGUAGAUAAGAUUUUGUUUGAUCUUUAUGCUUAAUAUUUAGGUAAGAGGGAAUUUCUAGGAGGGAAAAGUGUGGCCAAUUCGAGGCAACAAUGGAUGCGUCUCCAAGUCCCCAGACAAAGACAGUUGGAAACAUCCAGUCUCCGUCAGCAGCCAACUUGGCCACGUUGCAGUCCUACAGGCCGCUGGUGAACGAUGUUUACGCACCACCCUCCUUGGGCUUCACACAGGGAUCCAGCAGCAGCCAGGUACCCCAGAGUAAGUAUUCAGAGCUGCUGGCCAUCAUCGAGGAGCUAGGGAAGGAGAUCCGGCCCACAUACGCUGGAAGCAAGAGUGCCAUGGAGAGAAUAAAACGAGGUAUCAUCCAUGCCAGGGGACUGGUGCGGGAGUGCUUGGCAGAGACUGAGAGAAAUGCCAGGUCCUAGCUACAGAAGCACUACCCUCUCCUGUAGAAGAACCAAUACUCUCACUCACCAUGUAAAAGACCACUGCAUGGCACAUCCUCUAAAAAGAGGAAUGGAAAACAAAAUAAGGGAUGGUUAGAAAGGUCAAAAAAUGUUUCUGGAAGGUUGAGAUUUGAGAAAAGGAGGGAAAGGGGACACUAGAAUAGAAUUCAGAAUUCAAAGGAUUUGGUUUUUCUUCAUGCCCCGUUUUGGGGUCACAGUUUCCUGACUUCAUAUUUAAAAUUAAUAGUAAUUUUUGCAUGCAAACGUAUGGGUCCACCAUGGCCUUCAGUUAAUUGUAGACAUUGCAUGGCUUGUUUCCGGAUUAGACUAGGAGAGGAACACCUUUUUGGUAGAUGUUGGUCUGAAUUCCAGACCCUUAAUGGUUGAACAAGUGAAGGACAGAAACGUGCCAAAUACAUUGGUUCAUUCAUGUUGAGGUUCUUUUUUGGGAUCAAAAAUGAAAAUGCUGUUACUUGCAUAUUUGUAUGUAUUUAUUACUUGUGUAAUAAAAUGUAUUUUCAAUACAAA